GAGGAGACGCCGCGGACCGCCGGCUCGUUAGCUCUGCAGGCCAGCGCGGGAGGCGGGGGCGCGCGCGCGCACGUUCGCGCGGCCGGCUGCGUACAGUAGUGACGGCCGCGCGGGAGCGGUCACGUGACCGUAGCGGCUGCCUGUACAGUAAGGACCCAAUAUGGCAGCGGCGGUAGCAGUGGCAACGGCAGCAGGAGGACCGGCCGCCCCAUAGACCCUCCCCGCCCCCCCGCGCACCACCCCGCCGCUUCCUCUGCUUGGGUGCUCCUCCGGCCUGACUUCCCCUUUCUCCCACCUUUCCCGGCACCGCGGGAAAAGCAUCGCAGGGCAGAGCAGGCAGGGAGGGCGGCCGGAGCCCGGACACGGGAGCCUCCCAGUCAGUUCAAGACCCGACAUGAGGGAAAAGGGCCGUAGGAAGAAGGGCAGGACCUGGGCGGAGGCCGCCAAGACGGUCUUAGAAAAAUACCCCAAUACACCCAUGAGUCAUAAAGAAAUUCUUCAAGUUAUCCAGAGAGAAGGACUAAAAGAAAUCAGAAGUGGGACUUCCCCUCUUGCAUGCCUGAAUGCAAUGCUGCAUACAAACUCCCGAGGUGAAGAAGGCAUCUUCUAUAAGGUUCCAGGUAGAAUGGGAGUAUAUACUUUAAAGAAAGACGUGCCCGAUGGGGUGAAAGAGCUAUCAGAAGGUUCAGAAGAAAGCAGUGAUGGUCAGUCAGAUUCCCAGAGUUCUGAGAACAGCAGCAGCAGCAGUGAUGGUGGCAGCAACAAGGAGGGAAAAAAGAGCAGGUGGAAAAGGAAAGUAUCGUCUAGACUGUCACAGCCAUCCUCUCCCCAGUCAGGCUGCCCAUCACCUACCAUUCCAGCAGGUAAAGUCAUUUCUCCGUCACAGAAGCACAGCAAGAAGGCACUAAAGCAGGCUCUGAAACAGCAACAGCAAAAGAAGCAGCAGCAACAGCAAUGCAGGCCGAGCAUGUCCAUCUCCUCCAACCAGCCUCUCUCUCUGAAGACUGUCAAAGCACCCAGUGACUCUGCACCCACCAAACCUGCAGUAUGGGAAGGAAAGCCGUCUGAUGGGCAGUCAAGCAGCCCUCAAAACUCCAACUCCAGCUAUUCGUGUUCCGUUCAAGUGGAAAAUCCCUUGCUAGGCUUGGGGAAGAAGUCAUUCCAGAGGUCUGACAGGCUCCACACAAGGCAAAUGAAAAGGACUAAAUGUGCUGAAAUUGAUGUUGAGACCCCAGACUCCAUUCUGGUGAAUACAAACCUUCGAGCACUGAUCAACAAGCACACCUUUUCCGUCCUUCCUGGAGACUGCCAACAGCGACUUCUGCUGCUGCUUCCAGAGGUGGAUCGACAGGUUGGUCCAGAUGGUCUGAUGAAGUUAAAUGGCUCAGCCCUUAACAAUGAGUUCUUCACUUCAGCAGCCCAAGGCUGGAAGGAAAGACUCUCAGAAGGUGAGUUUACACCUGAGAUGCAGGUGAGAAUUCGCCAAGAGAUUGAGAAGGAGAAAAAAGUAGAGCCAUGGAAAGAACAAUUCUUUGAAAGCUACUAUGGUCAGAGUUCUGGUUUGAGCCUUGAGGAUUCAAAGAAAUUGACAGCCUCGCCCAGCGAUCUCAAAGUAAAGAAAACCCCAGCUGAGCAACCAAAAUCCAUGCUUCCUUCAGAGGCCUCGCCUGUCAGUGUCCUCCUAGGAAUUCCCCAGUUAGGGUCAAAAGAAGAAGUGGUGCAACUGCCAUCCCCAGUAAGAAAAGAAGAGCAUGAAAGCCAAGAUACGGUGCAGCCAAACCCCAAAUCCACAGAGCCCCUGCUUCCCUCAGCAAGCAAUACGCAAGAGCUUAGCAGUGUUCUUCCCAUCAAGUGCCCAAAGGAUGACAGUUUCUUGGAGCAGAAGCCAGUUGCCUCUGCUGAACAGGAGUCUGAGAAAGAGAAUCAUCUCACCACAGUUCCUAGUUAUAACAAAGAUGAAGGCCAAGAAGCUUUAAUUACGUCCCCAAACAAACCCAAGAGUCCUGGGGUGGAAAAACCAGUAAUGAAGCCCAUGGCAGAAGCUGGUCCACAGGAGAUCACUGCAAAAGACCCUCCAUCGGCCCCGGUUGAUCACAGCCCAGAAAGCCUCAAGAGGAAAUCUUGUCUCAUCCAAGAAGAGGGCCCUGUGAGCUGGGAAAAAAGGCCACGUGUCACGGAGAAUCGCCAGCACCAGCAGCCAUUUCAAGUCUCGCCACAGCCCUUUCUCAGUAGAGGGGACAGGAUCCAGGUGCGAAAAGUACCACCUCUCAAGAUCCCGGUCUCCAGAAUCUCCCCCAUGCCUUUUCCUACAUCGCAGGUCUCUCCCAGGGCUCGUUUUCCAGUCUCCAUCACUAGUCCUAACAGAACAGGAGCCAGAACUCUCGCAGACAUCAAAGCAAAAGCCCAGCUGGUCAAAGCACAGAGGGCUGCCGCCGCCGCCGCUGCCGCUGCCGCCGCCGCCGCCGCCGCAGUUGGAGGGACCAUUCCGGGACCUGGCCCCGGGGGCGGACAAGGUCCAGGAGAGGGAGGUGACAGGAAAACUGCUGGAGGAGGGAGUCCAGACUCAGACAGAGGCCGCGAACCUGGAAAGGGCCCCACACUGGAAUUGGCAGGAACUGGAAGCAGGGGAGGUACGAGAGAGCUUUUACCCUGUGGUCCAGAGACUCAGCCCCAGUCUGAGACCAAGAGCCCAGACCAGGCACAGCCUCCUCGUGUCUCUGGAGCACAACUACAGCAAGCCCCCUCAGGGCCUCCAGCAGCUGCCGGUGGGGGAGCGCGCGCAAGCGUCCCCUCUCCAGCCUACACUGACGCCCCCCCAGCAGCUGUAGGGCAGCUGACGAACGAACGGCUGACUCCCCCGGGGGCAGCGGCCUCGGUGGCCUCUCUCGCCCACCUGCAAGCUCCCGGGACCUGCCGGCAGGAGACCUCGCCCUCUGCUCCCACAGAGCCUGCUCUCCGCUCAGGUGCCUCACCUGCUCGUUUUGCGGCCGAUGGCACCGUCGAGCCCAGCGCGGGUUCUGGUAGGAAUGUGCCAGACCUUUCGGCCUCAGCAGAGACCUCUGCUGGCGCUUCUGCAGCUGUGCCUCCCUCUCCUUUAACAUCUUUAUUGACCGCAGCCACUUUAGAAAAGCUUCCUGUACCCCGGGUCAGUGUAAGUGCAGCACCGACGGGAUCGGCUCCAUCCUCGAGCACUUUGCCAGUAGCUUCUAGCCUUAAAACUCCAGGAACGUCUUCAAAUUUGAAUGGACCCCUGUCGAGGCCAAGCUCUAGUAUCCCUGCGAAUAACCCUUUGGUCACUCAGCUGCUUCAGGGCAAGGAUGUUCCCAUGGAGCAAAUUCUGCCUAAACCUCUCACCAAAGUUGAAAUGAAAACUGUUCCACUGGCCACGAAAGAGGAGCCGGGGGCGGCAGUGUUGACAGGCAGCGGCGCCGCUGAAAACAGCAGAGAGGAAGGUGGUGAGAGGCAAUGCCUCCCGGCUCUGCAGCAGCUGGGUAAAGCCUUGCCAAGUACGCAGCUCCCUCAGGUUCCAAGACCCCUUCAGCUCUUUUCAGGUAAGGACCUGAGGGACUCUAGCCUCGACGCACACCAGUACCAGGAAGGACUCAGCAAAGCCACCCAAGAGCAGAUCCUUCAGACUCUCAUCCAGAGGGUUCGGAGGCAGAAUGUUCUCCCAUUUGUGCAGCCCUCCCAGUUCAACUUCAGUCACUCAGGUUUCCCGUUAGAAGACAUCUCCACAAGCCAGAGCUUCAUGCUGGGUUUUGCUGGCAGAAGGACAUCGAAGCCUGCCAUGGCAGGUCACUACUUACUUAACAUUUCCACCUAUGGCCGGGGUUCAGAGAGCUUUAGGAGGACCCAUUCUGUAAACCCCGAAGACCGUUUGGGUCUAAGCAGCCCCACAGAGGCCUUGAAAAUGGGAUACACAGACUGUAAAAAUGCAGCCGGAGAUAGCAGCAGUGGCAAAGAAGAUACCGACGAGGAAAGUUCCGGUGACGAGCAAGAAGCCAUCAUGGUGAAGGAGGAGCCCCACGCUGCCCAGGGUCCUGGCAAGUGUGAAGCAAGCUCGGGAACCCACAGUAGAGAAGCCCUGUCCGCCAGUGAUUGUUUGGCAAAGAAGAACGUGAAGGCGGAGACGCCUGUGCACGAGCAGACCACGUUAAGCAAGGAGAGUUACCUGUUCACGAGAGGCCAAACAUUUGAUGAAAAGACCCUAGCCAGAGAUUUUAUUCAGGCCGCCCAGAAACAGAUGGCUCAUGUGGUGAGAGGCAAGACGAUGCGUAGCAGCCCUGAGCUUUUCAGUUCGACUGCCCUUCCUCUGACCGCAGACAGUCCCACCCAUCAGCCUCUCCUCCUCCCAUCACUGCAGACCCCGAAGCUGUACGGGAGCCCCACCCAGAUCGGGCCAAGCUACAGAGGCAUGAUCAAUGUCUCCACCUCGUCCGACAUGGACCAUAACUCUGCUGUCCCGGGGAUGCCUGACUGUAGCCAGGUGGCCAGCAACGUAGGCGAUGUCAUGUCCUUUUCGGUGACUGUCACUACCAUCCCUGCUAGCCAAGCGAUGAAUCCCAGCAGCCAUGGCCAGACCAUUCCCGUUCAGGCCUUUUCAGAAGAGAACAGCAUAGAGGACACACCUUCGAAAUGUUACUGCCGAUUGAAAGCCAUGAUCAUGUGCAAGGGGUGUGGAGCGUUCUGUCACGACGAUUGCAUUGGCCCCUCGAAACUUUGUGUCUCCUGCCUUGUUGUUCGGUAACAAGACUAGAAAGAGGUUACCUGUGAAGGAGGCAGGGAGGGAAGGAUUGAUGAGAUGUGGUUUUUUUGCGUCCUUUCGGAAUCACAGAAAUAACUAAGUAGGUUUCAGUUGUCUUAAGAGACAAAUGUUACUUAAUCAGGAAUACAGAGUACAGAUCUUACGUUGUAGAGGAAGAGCACCUUGUAUAGUAAGUCUAGGUCAAGCAAGACUUCGUGAAUUUGUGACAAGUUUGCACUUACAAAAUCAUGUAAAUAUGUCACAUUUUGUUUUAACAUUGUUUUCCCAAGUGUUUAGGUAAUGAUGUAUUUGAAUUCAGAUUUAUGUUCCACUUCACUUGACUCUGAGAAAAGUUUAAUGCCAUGCAUGGUUAAAGGAAGCGGUCUCUCUCCUCUCCCUUUCCUAAGAGGCCAGGGAAAGGAAGGAAUGAAGGAAUGGUCUGGAGAAAUGACCAUUCAAGCUUAUUAUGUCAUGACGGUCUGACUGCAGGCUUUAUUUAAGAUUAUUCAGCCUUCGCGGGAUUUGGAUUCAGGGUUUACUCAGUCCCUUUACCUUAAACAGAACCUUCUUAAGUUCAAAUUUUUGAUCCCGUUUUAAUUUUACAGGUAGUAAUUCAGACUCUGAAAGCUCUUGACCUGGUUCUUGGCUUCCACAAACGAGUACUGUUGCCAAGCUCUCUGCUUGCAAUUCAUGCCCCCCACCCCGCCCUCAAGGCCCCCUGCCCUGCCCUGAGAACGUGAAUGUG